AUGGCAGGAUUAAAUCGGACCAAUACCACACCUGAAUCGAUAUUCCAAUUUCGCGAAAAUAAUAUGUAUACAACCGAAAAAAUGAAGGCUUACUCUGAAAUUGAAAAUGAAUUUAAAAGAAUUCAGAGUAAGCAUGAUGAUGAAUAUAAAGAGCUCGAGUGUAGGCACGAUAAUGAACGUAAAGAACUCAAACAAAAACAUGUUAACGAACAUGAAAAACUUAGAAACAAACAGCAUCAGGAAAUUAAAAAACUAUUCUUGCGUCAUCAAAAUAGACAACCUUUCAGGAAAAAAGAUAAAAAAAGGACAGUGUCUUGCCCAAGCACAUAUCUUACCCCUUCCGGCUCUUUGGGAGAACAACAGGAUAUUCUAACUACUAAACAACCUAGCAAGCACUUAUCUUACAAUGCUUGUCCAAACAAUCCUUCUGGCCCUUCGAGAAUGCCAUCUAUUAAAUCACCGAGUCAGCACUUACUUUACAGUUCUUCCGAAACUAGCCUCAGCUUGGAAGAAUGGCACAACGAUAGUUCUAUACGUAUGUGCGAUUGUGAUUUUUCAAUAUUUAACGAAAUGAGAUAUUCAAACAACUCACCAUCCAGUUACUUAACUCCUUUUUGCGCACAUGGAAAUCCUACAUUAAUCUCUAGGGAUGGUCAAGAGAAUAGCACAAGUAAUUUCGAUAUGACUAACGUAAAUGAUGGGCUCUAUAUAGAUCGUGUGGGUGUCUAA